AUGGGUGAGGAAGGAGCCAGUUUCAUUAAGAUGUUAGUCGCUGGGAGUUUCACCAUCUGCAGAUUCUCAAGAGGUCUGCAGUUCUUGAGGGUUGAUCAAGACAAAGACAGAGACUGCAGCCUGGACUGUCCAAGCUCCUCGCAGAAGCCUCUCUGUGCCUCUGAUGGGAGGACCUUCCUGUCCCGAUGCGAGUUCCAGCGGGCCAAGUGCAAAGAUCCACAGCUGGAGAUCGCCCACCGUGGAAAUUGCAAAGAUGUGUCCAGGUGUGUGGCUGAGAGGAAGUAUACCCAGGAGCAGGCCCGGAAGGAGUUCCAGCAAGUGUUCAUCCCAGAAUGCAAUGAUGAUGGCACCUAUAGUCAGGUCCAGUGUCACAGCUACACGGGUUACUGUUGGUGUGUUACACCAAAUGGCAGGCCCAUCAGUGGCACCGCUGUGGCCCACAAGACACCCAGGUGCCCCGGGUCAAUAAAUGAAAAGUUGCCCCAGCGGGAAGGUGCAGGAAAAGCAGAUGACGCUGCAGCCCCAGCACUGGAGACUCAGCCCCAAGGAGAUGAAGAAGAUAUUGCAUCACGCUACCCUACACUCUGGACUGAGCAAGUUAAGAGCCGGCAGAACAAGACCAAUAAAAAUUCAGCUUCCUCCUGUGACCAGGAGCACCAGUCAGCUCUUGAGGAGGCCAAGCAACCCAAGAAUGACAAUGUAGUGAUCCCCGAGUGUGCACAUGGAGGCCUCUACAAGCCAGUGCAGUGCCACCCAUCCACUGGUUACUGCUGGUGUGUGCUGGUGGACACUGGGCGGCCCAUUCCCGGGACCUCCACAAGGUAUGAGCAGCCCAAGUGUGACAACACAGCCAGAGCUCACCCAGCGAAGGCCCGGGACCUAUACAAGAACCGGUCCCUGCAGGGUUGUCCUGGUGCCAAAAAGCACGAGUUUCUGACAAGUGUCCUGGAUGCACUCUCCACAGACAUGGUUCAUGCCGUCUCCGACCCCUCUUCCUCUUCUGGCAGGUUAUCAGAGCCAGACCCCAGCCACACCCUGGAGGAGAGGGUUGUGCAUUGGUACUUCAAGCUCCUUGAUAAGAACGCUAGCGGGGACAUUGGCAAGAAGGAGAUCAAGCCCUUUAAGAGGUUCCUUCGGAAGAAAUCCAAGCCCAAAAAGUGUGUGAAGAAGUUUGUGGAAUACUGUGAUGUGAACAACGACAAGUCCAUUACUGUGCAGGAGCUGAUGGGUUGCUUGGGUGUCACCAGAGAGGAGGGUAAAGCCAACACCAGGAAGCGCCACACCCCCAGAGGAAAUGCCGAAAGUUCGUCUAAUAGACAGCCCAGGAGACAAGGAUGA